UAGAAACCAUCAACUUUUCAUUGUCAAAAUUGUCCAGGAAUCAAACAACCCGACGAAGUUAUCUAUUUUCGUUUGUACGUCUGAUGCCUGAACAAUCAGCGCUGGUUCUAUAAAAGGAAAAUAAAGAGCUUCCUCGGGGCGUUACCACAUCUCUUUGUAUACGAUUCUUUGUAAAUGCUCCACUAUUGCAACGAUCCUAUAUACGACUCGUCGAAAUUCCUGUGGACCAUGUGCAUGCAAGUUCAACGGUUUGGAUGCGGAGUUCCAGUUCCCAGUUCCUGUAGUAAAAAAGAUUCUCGCUGCAAGGGUGGAUCGUGUCGUAGACCAGGAUCCUGUUGCAAUUCUGGAUCCUGCUGCGGAUCAUGUGGCCCCUGUGGGCCGCGCUCGAGUGGCUGUGCUACUUGCUGUACCUCCUGCUGUGGGAUAUUCCCCGAAACAUGCUGCGGUCCGUGGUGUGAGUCCUGUCUGGAUCCUGCCUGGUUCUCCUGGCUGGCCCCCAAUAUCCACCGAGCCUGCUGCUGUGCUUGCAUGCCCUGCUGUCGACCUAGGCGCUGUUGAGAUCGUAAUACUGGGACAUUUUUGUGGCACUGAAGAAUUGGUGGAGUAUGCAAAGAAAUAA